UAUGGCUGCUACUCUGAAACCAAUCAGGGAUCGCUAGACCACUGUCAAUCAGGUCAUCUGUGUUGGAAUUUCCUCUGCAGGUUGUAGGUCACAGGGAGUGACACAGGUGACAGUGUAGUGAUGGUGGUUACCUUGUAGCCCAGCAGGCCUGGGAUUACAACCUCCCCCAUGCAGAGCAGCUGACUCACUGUUCUCCAACCAGAACGCCAAGCCAAAGAGAACUGCUGAAUUCAGCCACUUGGAACUCUGCGUUGGAUACAGCAUAGUGAUAUGAGAUGGGUUGGGGAGUCACUGAGCUAGUCGCUUUGACACGCUGUAACAGCAGCGUUGUGCCUCAUGGGUACCAGAUCUGAGAUAUUACUGCCAGUUAUUGACAGGGCUGAAGGAACAUGGUAGAUGUAGGCUGUGAGGCUUGGAAGGAGUAAGGAAAAGUGGUUCACUGCCUGUUGUCAAUGGCUAAACACCUGCCUUCAUUAUCUACCACAGAGCGAGCUACAGUAUUUUGAUCACCUGCUGGCAUGAUGCUGUUCCUGGAGAGUGGCCAGUAGGAUGAUCCCAGUUCACCUUGUUUCCCAGAGGGCUGGUCCCCUGUGUUUUUAAAGACAGAAUCUAUUAUUCUACGGAAAGGUGCCAAAGUUCAAGUGUAGAAACUUAAAAGAGAAGUACAUGCCCAAAAGGAGAAGUAUGCACACCACAUGACCUCUAGUAUCACUAUUUAAAAAAACAACCAUGGUUCCCUGCCUUGGGUUCAUUAGCAGGCAGUUCAGUUAGUUAGCAAUCAGAUGAAUUUCUCUGUGAAAGGGGUUGCAGAAAUGGACUAAGCUACCUGCGAUCUUGCUUUCUUAGUCGUUUAUUACAAGGUCUGCCCCAUGCCUGCCAUCCACAGGAAUGUCAAAUUCACUCAAUGGAAAGGGCUGAAUUGCACUUUUAAUGAUAGUUUCUAGAACAGUUCUACAAAAUCAGCAUCUUGCAUGGCCUUCAGCCCACCCAUAAAUCUCCCACUGCACAAAGAUCAAGGUUUGGGUCUGGCCUCCUGUCAUGACUAAACUUUCAGUAAGUAAAAUUUAAUUGCAUUUGGCACCAUGCAUUAGCUUGUUAUUUUUCAGGCCAGUGCUAUUUCUGCCUUUUCUUUAAACCAGUGGUUCUCAACCUAUGGGCGACCCAAUCAGCACACAGCUGCGGCCCAUGUGACAUCCUCAGGGCCAUACAGGUAGUAUAUAUAUACAUAUUGUGUGGACGCAGCCCCCAUAACACACAGAGAGCUGCAUAUGAGGCCCCCAAUGGCAAAUAGGUUAAGAACCACUGCUUUAAACAUUUGAGCUUGCAGCUACCCAAUCUGCACACAUCAUGGAAGUUUUUGUGCAAAUUAGCCCCCAGUUUUGCACCUACUUCAUUUGAAAAUCUGGUCCUUAAAGUGGCAUCAUGAGACUUAAGAGUUAACCACACUUUCCGAUGAAUAGGGAAGAUCCCACCUCAGAGCUAUAGCAGGAUGUCUACAGAUAGCCUGGCAGGAAAGCAACAUUAUAUCAGUUACACACAGAUCACAUUUACUUUGUCACGAGGGCCAGAAAUGUAACUCAGGAAGGCCUGGUCUGGGUGCUUUGAACCUAGUGGGCUAUGGGCCGUUGCUUCCCAUUCAACAUUGUUGUCUAUGUAUUUUGAUGGCCUUUGUGUGCCAAGAAAUGAAACAUGAUUCGUUCUCAUGCUACAAGUCAUAUGGUUGGCAAGAACUGUGUUAAGAUGCAUUUGCAAUUGCUAUAUCACACCAUCCGGGCUGGGAAGGAUGUGUAGUGUGCUGCACCAACCUUCCAGGUGGAUUUGUAUUUGUAGAUUUGUAUUUUCUGAUGUCAGUAUUUUUCAACUGUUUUUUUAAUUAUAAACUCAAAGGCAGAUAUUUAAAAGUAUUAAAUCAGAGCAAAUAUUAAUGUUUUCUCCCCUUGGCGUUUCUUGCUUUGCAAGCAGGAGAAAGCCUCGGUUCACAGCUCUCCCUGCGGAUCAGCCAGCUUGGUGGGGCAUGGUGAGGAGUCAUUCAAGAAGAAUCAGCUUGUUUUGCAGGUUGUAAAGUUUCACCAUGAAUUGAGAUACUAGAAGCUGACACCUCAUUCUGUUUCCUGGGGAGUGCAGACUGCACCGUGGUGUCACCAAGGCUGACCACUGAGAUCUUCCAGCUCAUCUCUCAGUCUCAAGAUGCCCUUGCUAUGCCUCCUUCCCCAUUAAGAAAGUUACGUUAAAAAGAUCCUGGUAAUCCUGUGGGCAUUGCAGGUAUACGGAGUAAGGAGUAAGAUGAGAACACCAAGCUCAAGGGGGAUCUGAAUCUGGGUCUUCAGAGGUGACCAACUAACUCACCACACCUUCCACAACAGUUAACAGGGAACAAUGGACCUAAUUUGGCUCUUUAUUUUUCUUCUGAGCUUUAUAUCUUGAACCAGUAUUUUCUAACAUAGCUUUGUGGUGGAAUGUACACACCUUCACAUGCAGUGUGACAGGGAAGGGAUUAAAGCAGGGCUGGAGGGUGACUGGGCAUCCUUGAAAGUUGCUACAGCUAUAAAGAGACUUGUCUCUCAGCUGGGAGGAGCUCUAGUUAGGGGUAAGAUGUUUCUCCGGAGAGCACAGCAGAGAUGCUGACAAAGCGUUUGGCUAGAAGUGCAGUUGGAUCCAAGAAAAUACAGGAGGCCCUUUGUUAGAGCUUCGACUGUAUGUGGGGAAGGUUAACUGGACAAAGCCAUUUUCCUGGGGCUCACUGUUUGAGCUGGAAGAAGCCAGUUCUGAUACUUCUAGGAGCCACUGAACACCUUUGCUGUGUCCCAGCAGGGUAGAUGGGACAUGGAGAGCUCCUGAGAAAAGUGACUGAGCAGUCUGCUGUGAGGCCAGAGUGGUGCUGAGAGCUUCGAGAGGCACCUCCUGAGGAAGCGUGGGGUAAUCACUGGCUGGAGUUAUCGAUAAGCUUUCAGCUUCAUUUCUGCCAGUACGCUGUGGUGGAAACUCGGUGUGAGCAGAUGCCAUUUUACUUUUUUAAGGAUAAUAUUUCUGUGGUACAUUGGUGGCACCAGUCUUCACCAGGGAACUUAUUAACACACUACUGAUGAUGCUAUUACAUGAGAUAUAAUCUCGCCUACUACUAGUGAUCACUUCUUGUGUAAUAGAUCAUCUCUACCUUGGGUGCUUAGGGCUAUAUUGAGAGGGGCAACUGACUGGGCAAAAUGUAUGUAAAUUUUUAAUUCCAGUCUAACGGGCUUGUGAGAGUUAGAACCACUACAGCUCCACAAGGGAGAAAGGAUCCUCCUGUGGUUAAACAGCAGGAGAUCUGGACCAUUGCUAUUCUGCAGGUUAUUUAUGUGACCUCUCUGUGGCAAGAUUUCACCAUCUCACAACAAAGGUGGUAACACUUCCUACCUUUUAGGGAAGCUGGGCAGUUAAAAUGACUAAAGUGUGCAAGGUGCUCAUAUACCUGAGUGAUGAGUGUCAUGGAAAUACUUAUAAAUAAACAAAGCUGUGUCUUCCCUUCCUGCAUCCUCACUCCCAUUUACCAAUGUGGGGAAGGUGAGCACUACAGACUUCCAGAGCAGAUCGCUGCUGUCCCCUUAGACAGAGAUAAUCAGCAGUGAGACGAGAGCGCGCCUUCCUAUUUCCAUCUUGGGUUUGGGCUUACCACCUUCCCUCUGCUGGCACUAGUCUGGUGGAAGUGGGGAGACAUCAAUCGGGCAAAUAACAGAAUGGGUGGUGUGUGUGAAUUGAAGUGAAAUAUUUCUACAGUUAAGAGCAAAGCAAACCAGGAAUGCUGGAGUUUGAAUAUCUUUUUUUUUCCUAAAAGAUUUGAGCAAUGAAGUGCAAUUAAAAUCCUGUGUCCCAGCCUCUUAUUAACUUUGAGGACUUCAAUAGCGCAGACAGAGGUGAGGCUUUUCGUAGGAGUGGGUGGGUGAGAUUCUGUGGCCUGCGCUGUGCAGGAGGUCGGACUAGAUGAUCAGAAUGGUCCCUCCUGAGCUUGGUAUCUAUGAAUCUAUGGCAUGCAUCUCCGCUUGUCUUGCAUUUUAAUGCCACCUGCUGACAGGGUUUGCUUUCCGAACCCUCUUCCCUGCCCGCCAAGCAUCCCUGCUCCCUUUGCAAAAGUCAAAUUCCUCCGCUUCAGAUGAGGAAAUACGACAGAAAUAACCCUCUCCAAUGCAAAGCCACUGCUGGGUGCCGAAGAGAUUUUUGGACAAACCAGUUGCUCAUGUAAUGGGGGGAAAGCGCCCUUGAAUGCAGAGUUCAAAGUCUGAGGGCUCCUCUGCAGGUACCGAGCGGCCGGGCCCUGCGGCGCUUCAGUGAAGACCCUCGUCCUUGCCCUGCGGUCCCCACCCCCGAGCGGCGGUAGCUCCGCGGGCCUGCGAUGGCUGCCGGGCCGGGAGGGUGUUAGGCCGGGACAGGGCGCUCAGACGGGCGGAGAUGGGGGCUUUUGUCAACUAUACCCCCCCCCGCGUCCCGCUGGGCUCGCUGGUCACCGCCGGCCGGUGUAACGGCGUCGCUCCAGGGGGUGCACCGUCACCCCCGCCCCGAGCGACGGAGAUGCAGCGAUCCAGCGAGGCCGGGCCUGACCGUGCGUCUGGCCUCAGCGCAGCCCCCCAGCGCUGGGAGGCGAGCUCAUGGGGCUCUACGGACAGGUCUUACCCGCCUGCCCUCCGCAGCGAGCCCGGCCUGGGGCGGUAGGGGCGCGGAGCGCUACCUCGAUCUUCCCAAGCCCCAGCUCCUGGAGUCAUGUGACUGCAGCGCCCCGGCUUCUCGCCUAGGGUCUCUUUCCUCUCCCCCGGGCGGGGGGGGGGCGGGGAGGGAAGCGCGCUGGGACACGUGCCCGGCGCGGGAGAGGCUCCGCUCAGGGGCGCCCGGUUCCCAUGGCAACGAUCCCGGCGCGCCCCGUGGGGCCAAGAUGGCCGCCGUGCGGCGGCCCCACAGGGCUCCGCGCGCAGCGGGGUGGAGGAGGGGCACUUCGCGCAAGAUGGCCGCCGCCUCCGCGCAGGGCGGGGCCUCUCUAGGCGGCGAGCUCUCUAUGGCGGCGGCGGCGCCGCGCGGGCCGGGCCGGGCCGAGGGGGCUGCGCAUGCGCACGCGGUCUCCUCCUGAGCGGAGUGCGGCGGCGGCGGCGGGAUGGGUGUGCACGUGGAGACCAUCGCCCCCGGAGACGGGCGGACCUUCCCCAAGCGCGGGCAGACCUGCGUGGUGCACUACACGGGUAUGCUGGAGGAUGGGAAAAAAUUUGAUUCCUCCCGCGACAGAAACAAGCCAUUCAAGUUUGUCAUGGGCAAGCAGGAGGUGAUCCGUGGCUGGGAAGAAGGGGUCGCGCAGAUGAGUGUUGGGCAGAGAGCAAAGAUGAUCAUCUCUCCAGAUUACGCCUAUGGUUCUACUGGCCACCCUGGCAUCAUCCCCCCAAAUGCUACGCUAAUUUUUGAUGUGGAGCUUAUGAAAUUGGAAUGACAGGAGGCCCCUUCCUCAACUCCCUGUUUUUGGGUUUGGCACAUGGAGGAAUCCAGAAUCUCAGCUUCAAGAAAAAUGCACAUGACUUUGUAUGGAGCUUUUCCUGAUAUUCCACUACACUCGUUGUAUAACCAUAUACCCUGAUUGAAUGUGUCUGAUCACUCAGCUUUGCUUCUGACUCCUCCUUGUAUUGUGGUUUUAUGUCUUUUAAACUAUACGCCGUAAACCUCACCAUUUUGGGGGGGUCAAAUUCUUAAUCUUAUUUUUGUUCUGGGUAUAGAUUCAAUUGUGUAUGAUCAAGCAUUUACCAGUAAGUACACUGAUGGGUUAACCUUAGAUAGGAAUUGUUUGAACAAAGAAACCUGUUUAAUUUUUUGGAUGCAAAUAUCUAUUGUGUAUUAAAAAAACAAAUUGCUGCUGCUCCAAAAGCCAUAGCUAUCGAGGAGCUAUCGAGGGCUGAUUGACUCUGGAAAGCAGAGUAGUUCUAGGCUAAUGUAUUUGUUCCCUUGGCUGAAACUGGGCCCCUGGGAGCAACUAGCUUCCCCCUUCCCAUCUGCCUUGUGGAAGGACCGUUUCAACGCGGUGUUGCUGCCCCAGCAGUGUAUUUACUCCAGGGUGGCUGGGGUUGCCCUUACAGCUGCCCCCAUCGCUACUUGUUGACUUUUCCAUCUCUUGGCUAUUUUCCCUUGGAUUUCAAGGACCUUUUUAUCUUUAGCCAUCAAAGCUCCGCAACUACCUAAAUUCAAGAACUUGAAUUGAACUUUUUAAAUUGAAGGUGCUGUUUAUGGGGGAGGGAGGAGAUGCAAAAAGAAACCAGCCCACAAGAGAAAACCCAAACCCCAGUCGCCGUCAUUACGACUUUGACCUGAGUGUUCUCUACCAAAACUUGAUGCUGGUCAUCACAGCUUGCAGCAGUCUCCCGUAUGACGCACAACUCCUGUUCCGCUGAUGUCAUUCCUACUUGCCUGCCUCUGCCCUGUGUAGUGGUUUUUGGUAAGAGAAAUUGCUGCCAUCAUGAUCUACUCCACCACAUUAAAGUAUCCCGUUUUAUUAUUGCAAUAAAAUGCUUUAUGCUGGCUUUUCUCAA